AUAAAGUGGAGAUACCGAUAAACGAGUGAAGUGAAGACGGAAAUGGAGGAAUUGCAACAAGCACUGAAGAAUUGUAAUUUAACAGUUUCCACCAUCUCAGAAAAGGGUCGUUCUCUUUUUACUACUAGAGAUUUCCACCCAGGGGAUGUGAUUAUUAGCCAAGAGCCCUAUGUUUGUGUUCCAACUCAAAAAAGGUGUGAUGGAUGUUUCUCAACAACUAACCUUAGCAAAUGCUCACGUUGUCAAGUUGUUUGGUAUUGCGGAACACCAUGUCAGAAAUCGGAGUGGAAGUUGCAUCGUCUUGAAUGUCAAGCACUCUCAAGGCUAGACAGCAACAAGAGAAAAUCUGUUACACCGUCGAUACGGUUGAUGCUCAAACUUUAUCUUCGAAGGAAGUUGCAAGAUCAGAAGAUCAUUCCAAGCACUGCUAUGGACAAUUACAAGUUAGUGGAGGCAUUAGUGGCUCGUAUCCUUUUUAUUAUUGUAGUCUUAAGCUCUAGGGCUAUGAUCGUAGAAUUUUCUCUGUUAACCAACAUGUCUGUGGUGAUUGUUCUUUUUAACACUUACUUCCAUGAAGACAUGUCUGACAUCAAAGAGGAGCAGCUGGUGUUGUAUGCACAGAUGGCUAAUCUUGUACAUUUAAUACUACAAUGGCCUGAAAUCAAUAUAAAAGAGAUUGCAAAUUUUUUUUCCAAGUUUGCAUGUAAUGCGCAUACCGUUUGUGACAGUGAGUUGAGACCUUUGGGAACAGGGUUGUAUCCUGUUGUUUCCAUUAUCAAUCACAGCUGUUUGCCCAAUUCAGUGUUGGUUUUUGACGGAAGGGAAGCAUCAGUACGUGCUUUGCAACAUAUACCCAAAGGGACUGAGGUAUUGAUAAGUUAUAUAGAGACAGCUGGAAGCACUGUGACUCGACAAAAGGCUCUCAGAGAGCAGUACCUAUUCCAAUGUGUUUGUCCCCUCUGUUCCAAAGUGGGUCAGUAUGAAGAUGUUCGAGAAAAUGCAAUUCUAGAAGGAUACAGAUGCAAAAAUGAAACAUGUGAUGGUUUCUUGCUCCGCACAACUGAUGGAAAAGCAUUUCAAUGCCAAGAAUGUGGGUUAGUUAGAGACAAGGAAGAGAUAAAGCAAAUUGCAACUGAAAUAAAAUUUCUAUUAGAAGAAGCUUCUAAGCCUUCUUCCAAUGGCAAUUCUCAUGAAGCUAUUUCCAUCCAUAAAAUGAUUGAGAAACUGCAAACAAAACUAUAUCACCCUUUUUCAAUCAAUUUGAUGCAAACACGAGAGACAAUUUUGAAGUCAUUAAUGAAGCUGGAAUAUUGGAGAGAAGCUUUAGCAUAUUGCAAAUUGACCAUACCAAUAUAUCAAAGAGUGUAUCCAGCUGUUCACCCUUUGCUUGGCUUGCAAUAUUAUACUUGUGGAAAACUUGAAUGGUAUCUUGGAGACACGGAGGAAGCUAUUAAAUCAUUGACCAAGGCUGUGGAUAUACUAAGGAUUACUCAUGGUACAAAGACUCCAUUUGUGAAGGAACUAUCGAUGAUGUUGGUGGAAGCCCGUGCAGAAGCCUCUUUCUUACAAAUCGACCUCUAAAGAAGAUUAGAAUGACGAGUUAAGGACACUGAUAUUGCAGCUGCUUCUGGUACAAAUAAGUCACUGGAGCUGGAUCACAGAAUUAUUAAGUGUUAUCAUUAAUGACUGCUCUUGUUUACUCUGGAAAUUUGCUUAGACAGUCUCAAGAAGUUGAAAGUGGUAAAGUAUGGAUUGGAGUAGUUGUUUAUGAGAUCAGACCCUGUUUACUUUAUGCCUUCUUUAUGCACUGUAAUAUGCUCUUCAUCAGCCAGCCUUAAUGUUAUAUAAUAAUUAGUUACUGUUUUUUUUAGCAAUUUGAAAAACAAAAGGAUGCUCCCCAUUUAAGAAUAGUUCUUUUUAGCUGUUUUA